AUGGAUGAUGAACUUCGGCGGAAAACCGCGGUUCAGACCGUGGCCGCGGUCUUCUUGCCUAUCGCUGCUAUUUCGGUCAUGCUGCGCUGUUAUGUGCGAGGAUGGAUUGUGAAAGCAUUCGGAUGGGAUGAUGCGGCAAUGGUUCUUGCAAUGUUAUUCUACGCCAUGUUCUGUGGAACAAUGAUUGGAGGCACAUUAUAUGGAACAGGAUACAGAUUUACUUCUCUGGAGCCUCACAAUGCAGUCACAGCGAUGGAAUUUUGGUGGCUCUGUGAGAUUGCCUAUUGUUUCGCCUCGAUCUUCUGCAAGAUCUCCGUCUGUCUAUUCUUAAUGCGCAUCACCAUCAAGCGCGUUCAUAUUUGGACUCUCUAUACCGUCAUGGUUCUGACCGUCAUUGCUGGAUUGGUCUUUAUGUUCUUGAUGCUUCUGCAGUGCAAGCCAUUGACAUACUUCUGGACUCGGGCGUUCCAGGACCCCUCUAUCCCGGGCUACUGCAUCAAUAUCGAUAUCAUCAUCGCCAUGACAUAUGUUUACAGUGGAUUUUCCGCAUUCUGUGAUUUCACCGUUGGAAUCUUGCCCAUUUUCCUGGUGCACAAGUUGCACAUGAAGAGGCAGACCAAGGUCGCCGUGAUGGGUAUUUUGAGUAUGGCUUGCAUUGCCUCCUGUGCAGUCAUUGUUCGCAUUCCAUUUGUGAAGACCUUCGCUGAAGCAGAUUUCCUCUACGCAACAAUCGAAAUCGCAAUUUGGUCCAACAUCGAAGCAGGCCUAGGAAUCACAGCCGGAAGUCUCGCCACACUCCGCCCCCUCCUGCGAGUCUGGAUGGGCUCCAACUCAGACGCAGACUAUUCAAGCGGGUUCCCAGGGGCGCGCUCACGCUCUGCAUCACGCCAACUAGGCGCCAAAGACCGGGCCUUUCCUCUAGGCUCGCUAGAUGACAACACACAGUCGCGACUGAGACCGGAUAAGCUUGCUGUCACGGUCACGACGAUUAAGAGCCAGCGCGAUCUUGAUGGCGGCUCUUUGAGUCCCAGUUCUUCGGAGGAGAGGCUGACUAUUGAUCGGCCGUCGCCGAGGUUGAAUGGCGAUAUUGGGUUGGGCAUUCAUCGUACUUUUGAAGUUACGCAGACUAGUACCGACAGCGAGGAGAUUGAGCGCCGGGCUAGAGCGUAUGUAUAA